CGUCCCCACCAACCCUCCUCGGUGUCCCCCUGCCUCAGGCCUCCCCUCGGGAGCAGCCCGGCCCGCGCUUUCCUGCCUUACAGCUUCAGUUUUAUUUAUUUAUUAUUUAAUUUUUUUUGAGACGAGCUCUCAUGUAGCCCAGGCUGGCCGAAAACUUGCUAUGACGCUGAGGAUGACCUUGAGCGCCUGGUCUCCCUGCCGCCACUUUACAAAUCCCGGAGUUACAGACCUCCCUCUUUCCUGCCCUGCCUCCCCGAACCGUGUAUCUCCACUCCGGCCCAAAUCUCAUCCUAGUCGCCUCAGAGUUCUUCCUUGGCUGGUGAUCUCGUUCCCAACUUCCAUUUUCCGUGUUUCUCUCUCUCUUUCUCUUAAAGAUGAGUCCCGUGCAGUCGUGAGAAGCGGGAAAGUGUACCGCAGUAGCUCCAUCUGUAACUGACCGCGAACGAUCAGUUGAGAAAACUCACUACCUUCAAGACCAGCCAAAAGCGCAUUCGUCCUUUUUCUGGUUUUCCGAGACAGGGCUUCUCUGUGUUAGAGCCCUGGCUGUCCUGGAACUCACUCUGUAGACCAGGCUGGUCUCGAACUGGAGAGAUCCGCCUGCCCCUGCCUCCCGAGUGCUGGGAUCAAAGGACAUCAUGGACCCUCGGGGACGAGUCCCCAAACCUUUCCAGCAACUUGAAAAACCUGGCCGUAUCCGUCGUCGAAAAACUCGGAGGGAGCGAAACAAGGCCCUAGUGAGCACCCAUCGGCCCCUGGCCCGACAGGAUCCUUCCGUGUCCAGCCGGGAGUCGUCUGCAGCCCUCCAGGAUCCCAUAGCUUCUGCAGCCUCCAAGCUUGUCGUCAUAACUCAGGGCAGGCUGAGCCGGGAGCACCGGGGGCUCUUCAACCAUGAAGUGAAGUCCCUGGAUGUGGCCCGCCUGCUUAACAGCAGCUCCUUGGAACCAUGCACCCCCCUGCUACCCACCAAGCCCUCCUGCAGCCCAGUCAGCGUCCAAGAACCAGCCGUACAGCCAAGAGGCAAGGAGAACCGGGGACCAGGAGGCCCACCGAGUUCCCCAGAGCUCCCUGUGUUGGGCCAGCUGUUGGAGGAGCUGCAGUGCCAACUGAGUCUGCCCCAAGCCUUUCCCAGGAGGGACCUAGUGCAGGAGUCCAGAGAUGCCAUCCUGAGAAGCUUACAAGGCCGCCAUGGCUGCGUGCCUGAUCUCACCAUGGUGCUCCGAGGCUGCCAGUCCCCUUCGCCUGAGACGGAGCCUAGGGUCCCCGAGAGACAGAGGAGGACACCUUCUGAUGGCAACGUUCCUGAGCAUGCUCCAAGGGAGGGGAGGCAAAGGACUCAACAGGGGACAAAGAGGCCCAACUUCGCCCCGCCUCACACUUGCACUGGGUCACACAGGGCCAGCCUGGUGUCACCUCCAGAUCACCGGCUGCCACUCCUGCCCUCGGUAUCAUCACCAUCCGCUGCAGCUUGGGGUCCCCCAACAGCUUUUGAUAUGCUGAAAAGCAUCUGGCUCAUAGCCACUCCGCCCCAGCCCCAGCCCCAGCCUCAGCCACUGUCCCCCUUGGUGCCCCGAACAUCUGCCUUGGACUGGAGCCCCGACCCUCCUGCCCCACUACUCAGCCUCUCCUGGGUGGUCUCUCAGAGAAGUCCAGAGGCUUGGUCCUUCCCCCCAAUGAAACUCUACUGAGGAGACUAUGGGUAGGGCUGGGGGGCCGGCAUCCCGUGUCCCAUACUCCCGGUCACCUCAAUAAAGCACCUUCUCGGUCCUCUUGA